UAUUGCGCGCGGAAAAUGAAUGGUUGUUGUUGAUGUUAGCACCUUAGCGACGGAGCUAGCUUAGCUUAGCUUUAUCUGUCGCCUGAAGAAAUCAGUUCGUGUCUUUCAUUAAGAGAAGUUUUAGUUUUUAUUGAACAGAACUGAAGAGUUUCUCAUGAAGAUGAGCUGCGGACUGGAGGAUCCGACACUGGAGAGGAACUUUAAAGGACACAGAGACUCCAUCAGCAGCCUGGACUUCACCUCCAACACCACACUAAUAGCUACAGGCUCGUUGGACUCGUGUGUGAUGGUUUGGAACAUGAAGCCUUAUGCGCGUUCGUACCGGUUUGUUGGACAUAAAGAUGGCGUGCUGUGUGUCCACUUCUCUCCAUCUGGACAGCUCCUGGCCUCGGCUUCGCGGGACAGAACCGUACGCCUCUGGCUGCCCACUGUGAGAGGAGAGUCGAGUGUGUUUAAAGCUCACACAGGGACAGUGCGCAGUGUGAACUUCUGCAGCGAUGGACAGACUUUAGUCACUGCAUCGGACGAUAAAACAGUGAAGGUCUGGACGGUCCAUCGACAGAAAUUCCUCUUCUCCUUCAACCGACACAUCAACUGGGUCCGCUGUGCCAAGUUUUCUCCAGACGGGAGAUUAAUCGUCUCGGCGAGCGACGACAAAACAGUGAAGAUCUGGGACAAGAACAGCCGAGAGUGUGUUCACUCCUUCUGUGAGCACAGCGGGUAUGUGAAUUACGCUGAUUUUCACCCCAGUGGGACGUGCAUCGCCGCUGCCUGCACAGACAACACGGUUAAAGUGUGGGACAUUCGCACCCAUAAACUCCUGCAGCAUUACCAAGUCCACAGUGGAGCGGUGAACUCACUGUCCUUCCAUCCGGCUGGCAAUCACCUGAUCACUGCCUCCACCGACUCCACACUGAAAAUCCUCGACCUGCUGGAGGGAAGACUGUUAUACACACUGCACGGACACCAGGGUCCGGCAUCCUGCGUAUCGUUCUCCAGAACUGGAGAUCACUUUGCCUCCGGAGGCUCAGACGAACAGGUGCUGGUCUGGAAGACGAACCUCAGCUCUGCAGGUUACGCCGACGUGCCCAAGAGGCUGCAGAUGGCCGGCGCACCUGUACAGGUAACACCUCAGGCUCUAGAAGUCUCAGAUGUGUCUCACUGCCGCUCCAGUCUGAGGGUUCAGACGUCUCGCAGACCAGACACUCGAUGUGACUCCACCCACACCAAGCCGAACCAAUCAGAUCACUCUGAUCAGUCUGCGCCAGACACGACCCUCUCUCCUACACUCGCCACAACACUGCAGCACAUCGUGGGUCAGCUUGACGUCCUCACACAGACGGUGUCUAUACUGGAGCAGCGACUGACCCUGACGGAGGACAAACUGAAGGAAUGUGUGGAGAAUCAGCAGAAAAUCAAUCAGCAGCUUCAGAUCAGAUCUCAGUCUGAUCUCUAACAGCUCAGUUACUUCAUUUUCCUCCUUCUCUGAACCUGUGAUCAUUUUUUUAAAAUAUGGUGAAAGAACCCUCAAACCCUAGUGUUUCUCAGAUGCUUCGCUGCUAGCCGUGAGAUGUUUGUGUGUUGUAUUUUGUUGUAUUUUGAAUCUGUUUGUAUUUUUAAAUUAAAAUACUUGUUUCAGGAACUGAAUAUAAACUACACUGAUCAUUAAUCAUCGAUGAUCUCAGCAGCAGGUUUUUGGAGCUGUUAGCUAGUGAGCCAAUGUUGAGCUAAUUUAAUUUAAUUCCCAGUAUUUUCAGAGGCGGUGCACAUGUUCCGUACAAAAUCAGCACACACUCAAUUCAGUUCAGUUUACUGAGGAGAUGGUGGUGAGGAAACCUCCCUGAGAUGAUCUGAGGAAGAAACCUUCAGAGGAACCAGGCUCAGAAGAGAACCUCCUCCUCAUUUGGGGGACACUGGACAGUAAAUAAUGUAAAUGUAAAUAAUGUCCUUUCUGCAACAGCAACCAAGAGCUCUUGAGGAACUAAUCGGUCAGUGUAGUUACUGAGGUCAUUAUAGACUCAACACUAAUUCCUUCCUGCUGAAAGCUGACCGAUGCAGCGGCAGUUCAGAGACGUGUGAAAGUCACCAAGUGGUUCUGUCCACAGCAGUCCCCUGGGUCACAGGCUGUCCACUCAGAUCUUCAUCAGAUUAAAGCUCUGAUAAUGUUUCUGUUUGAUUUUAAAAAGACAGGUUAUUGAUGUUCUUGUGGUACAGAGGCUCAGAGACACUUCCUGGUGUCAGUGAAAGCUCCUGAUGAAUGAAGAGGUUCCUCAUGAUCAGUGUUGAUGUUUUAGUGUAAUGAAGACGAGCGAG